UUGGACCCCGGAUCGCCGGAUCGGCAAAGAAAGAGUUCUUUCAAAAGAGCCCUCGCUUCUCAAAGCUGCGUGCUCACCUCGCCUUCCCCUUCCUCGGAGGAAGAGGAGCACCGAAUCCAAGGUCGAGGCGAAGGAAGGCCCAAACAAAAUCAGAAAAUCGUUCCAAAAUUCCCCUUGCAGCAAGUUGCGGCUCGUGCUCUUGCUCCCUCGAGGCGUCUCAUCCCCGUUCUGCCCCUGUCGCCGUCUCGCCUACCUUGGGAGGAGGCGGCGAGAUCUGCCCGCUCCCGCGCCUGUGAGGGUUUUUGUUCCGGGAUGGCGUCGUCGGGGAAGAUGGAGGGGCCAUCGGCGCCGGCGGUGCGCCGGGACCCCUACGAGGUGCUCAGCGUGCCCCGGGACUCCUCCGACCAGGAGAUCAAGUCCGCCUACCGCAAGCUCGCACUCAAGUACCAUCCUGAUAAGAAUGCGAGCAACCCAGAAGCAUCAGAACUCUUCAAAGAAGUUGCAUAUUCUUAUAGCAUCUUGUCGGAUCGUGAGAAAAGGAGGCAAUAUGAUACUGCUGGUUUUGAGGCGUUAGAAAAUGAAGGAAUGGAUAUGGAGAUUGAUUUGUCCAAUCUUGGAACUGUCAACACAAUGUUUGCAGCACUUUUUAGCAAGCUUGGAGUUCCUAUCAAGACCACAAUAUCUCCCACCGUGCUGGAAGAGGCUAUGAAUGGCACAGUUACAGUGAGGCCACUCCCUGUUGGAACAUCAGCUACCGGCAAGGUUGAUAAGCAAUGCGCUCAUUUUUUUGGUGUAACAAUAAGUGAAGAACAAGCUCAUUCUGGAAUAGUUGUCAGAGUCACUUCACCUGCACAAAGUAAAUUUAAGCUUCUUUACUUUGAGCAAGAAGUUAAUGGAGGUUAUGGACUCGCUUUGCAGGAAGAUAGUCAGAAGACUGGCAAGGUGACAUCUGCAGGCAUGUAUUUCUUGCAUUUCCAGGUGUACCGUAUGGACUCAACAGUGAAUGCAUUGGCAAUGGCCAAAGAUCCUGAGGCCGCCUUCUUUAAAAGAUUGGAAGGUCUCCAACCCUGUGAAGUGUCGGCUCUCAAACCUGGAACUCAUAUAUUUGCUGUAUAUGGUGAUAAUUUUUUCAAGCCAGCAAGCUAUAUGAUUGAAGCAAUGUGUGCAAAAAGUUAUGAAGAGACAACAGAGAGGCUGAAGGAAAUAGAAUCCAAAAUUCUAGCGAAGAGAAAUGAUCUGCGUCAAUUUGAAACUGAGUACAGAAAGGCUUUGGCACGAUUUCAAGAAGUCACCAACAGAUAUACGCAAGAGAGAGAAGCGGUUGAUGAUAUGCUGAGAGAGAGGGAUAAUAUCCAUUGCUCAUUCACAACUGAACGAACUUUGGUAAACCCUGUUGGCGCUGGUUGUAGCAGUAGUAGGUAUACCACAGAGCAUAGCAUCCCUGAGAGCCCUGAGAAUGGUAGUGUAGAUGGCAGAGACAAAUCUGGCAAAAAGAAGUGGUUUAAUCUAAACCUUAAUAGAUCUGACAAGAAAGCCUGAAGUGUCUUGCCGGAAAUGGCAUGUUUUCACUUUGUUGUACAUUUCAGAACCCUAUUGUAUUCAUGCCUUAUGAGCUGUUUGGUUGCCAAUUCUUUGGGAGUUUUGUAGCAUAUAGGAGUUUUGGUACAGCAUUUUAAUGCCAUGUAUUAUCAUCUUUAAAUUCCUCCA